AUGUGUGUGGCUUACAACCACAGACCUAAAUUAGCACGAGAUGAAAUAAACUGUCAAAUCAGCAGUAGUACUUCACAAAAAGAUGUUGAAGUUUUUGCGAAGGGAGAGUGGACACUUCACCAAGACAUGAAAACAUUUUGUGGUUGCAAGGAGAAUCAAUCUCAGUGGGGAACGUUCAAAAACCUCCCUAAAGAACAAAAAGGAAAUGAUUUUCGCAUUCAAAAUGGUAAAAAAAAGAUAUGUUUAUCGGCCGGAACCGAUGACAUCGUUGUAGGAAAGCGCUGUAAUGCAAAUGACGCUAAGCAAGAAUGGUCGUGGAUAAAUGGAGGAAAUCAACUGAUGAACAAAAACUCGUGUAAAUGCCUGGAUGUUGAAGGCGAGAUUAAAUCAUAUAGCCUGGUGCGUGUUUCCUGUUGUAAUAAGCGUGUGUCUGGCCAGCACUGGUCAUGCUCUAAAAAAUUCUUAAUGGUCGGUGGAACCACAUUGAGGUUACACGUGGAUAAUAAUCUGCCUCAUAAUCCAACUUCUAUACGUAAUAAAAUGUACACCGGCAAAUGGACUGAAUGGGAAAUCUUUCGUAAAAAUGAAACUGACAUAUGUGCUGCAAAGCCUUGA